GUCCACUGCGGUGCCCAUCUCUUGUCGCAGUAUACAACGCGGGAUGAGCGACGGCGUCAAGGGAAUGCCUCCAAACACCCCGCCCGCCAAGAACGAUGCCGACGAGAUGGAAGAGGGCGAAGCGCCGUCUCCGCUGAAAGCGAAUAUCCACUCGGAUCGCCGGGAAUCGUUCACGCACAUGAAAACGUAUGCCAACAUCACAUCGGAUAGGCCCGUCAUGCCGAUGCUCAAAGCACUCAAGGAAGCCCCCAACUUCCGCCACUCGUCCUUCUUUGAGACGUCCACCGUCAGCAAAAACCACGACGAAGCUGGCCACAAGCGAUUGAAUCAAUACAUCCUGUACAACGUGAUCGGCCAAGGCGCGUACGGCAAAGUACGCAAAGCAUACUGGCCCGAGCGAGACAAGUAUUACGCCAUCAAGAUCAUUAACAAAAAGCACGUGCGGCGGUUGUCUCGGUCGACGAGGGGGCCUGGGGGCGACGGGCUCGAGGGAAUUCGCAAAGAGUUUGCCAUUUGGAAACAGCUCAUCCACCCCAACAUCGUCAAACUGAAGGAAGUGAUCGACGCCCCUCAAAGCGAAAAGAUGUACAUGGUCAGCGAGUUGAUUGAAGGGGGCUGCGUCGUCGAUGGCGAGACAACGUGCACGCCGCUCGUGGAGACGCAAGCAAAUCGAUUCUUUUGCCAGCUCAUCGAAGGCAUUGACUUUUUGCAUUUUCACAAAAUCAUCCACCGCGACAUCAAGCCAAGCAACUUACUGGUGGGAAGCGACGGCGUGCUCAAGAUCACCGACUUUGGCAUGUCCCAAGUGUUUGAGAACGAAAACGACGACUUUCGACAGACGGUCGGGACCGGGCCAUUCCUCGCACCGGAAAUGCUGACCGGGGGCAAGUUCAAAGGCAAGCCGGUCGACAUUUGGGCGUGUGGGGUGACGCUGUACAUGUUUGUUUACGGGCGCCUUCCCUUUCAAGCGGAUCGCAUCCCCGAGCUAUACGACAAGAUCAAGAAUCAACCGGUGGAAUACCCCGCCCACGUCGGCGACCGCCCCAUCCAUCCCGACUUGAUCGACUUAUUACAAGGCAUUUUGAACCGCGACCCCGACGCAAGGCUCACCACUGCUGGCAUUCGAGCACACAAAUGGACCAAGUCCAUGUUUAGUCGGGUCUCGAGCUUGGUCAUGCUCGAGCCGAUUUCGCUGACCCCCGAGCACGUCAUCUCGGCGAUCUCGCCUAUCCAUCUCUACGAGAAAUUGCAUUCCAAGAUCAAGGCGCUCGUCUUGGUCAACAAACUCGGCCACGCCAUUCAAAAGAACGAUCGAAUCUCGCUCCCGACCCUGACGUCGCCCGAAAAAGCGUUGUUGGAAAAUCCCGACAAACCUAACGACGCACCCCCUCGGCCCCAUGUCAAAGCCACCAUCAUCAGUGGUGGCAUCAACCAUCAAGAAUCUCCCAUCGCACCGACAUCGGCGGCAUCCCAGACUCCAUCCCCACGCACCACGUUCGUCCGAGCUACCCCAGGGACUCCCCCAGAGAAUUCCAAACACGCUGUCGCGAAGAAGGCGGUGGUGUUGGAAGCUAACGACGGUUCAUCCACCACCAACCAAGCAUCCGCGUCGGCCCCCUUGCCUUCGUCCCGUAGCGUUGCCAAGGUACCGACAACGAUCCACGUGGCGUCGCUUCAGCCAGUGGGAUAAUUCGAAUGCAUCCAAACGAUUCCAC